AUGGGUUGCAGGCAGAAGUUCAGGGUUACUAGGUCCUGGCACACUCACCGCUUUCGGCGAGGUUUGCGACGGGCUUUGGUCAUUCUCACAGUGAUUCAUCUGACGAGAUUCAUUGUAAUAUUCUCCUUAUUACAUGCGGCUGGGAAAGCUGAUCGUGCGGGUUUUCCUACUCCUAGAAGUCGAGGAGAAAAUAUCACAGGGAUGGCUGACAGGUCCAACGAUGUCGAACUUGCGGAGGUUCAGUGGUGCAUGACUGUUCCGCCAUAA